CUAAGGAGAGUGGUUUCUUACUUUGACGUUUAUAGCCUACAAAUCCAGCACCUCAAUUAAAAGGGUCAAAGGCUCAGGAAGAGCCAGAAGAAGAAGAAGAAGAAGAAGAAGAAGAAGAUGAGUCAAAAGAGGUAGAGUAGAAGAUUGGCCACUAAGUAAAAAAGUAGGAUUCUAAGAUAGUAAGAUCCAAGAUUACAAGUACAAAAGUUUAUGGAUUCUUUAAAAGUCCCUUUAAGCUAAGUUUUUUUUAGUCUGAUAUCCCGGAAGGUUGAAGAAAAUCAUGGUAUUUCCUUCGUUUAAACUCUAAAUCUCGCGUAAUAUUUGUCUAUAUUGGUCCAAGUUUUGAUGCUAGUCUCUGUGCAGCAGCUUAAAUUUCAAUCAACUAACAUAAAAAUCCAUGUGCAUAUAAUUGAAUAUCAAGCAAUUGAAUUCCUGUUAAGUUAGUGUAUUCUACUUUCCUGUAUUUUCUAUAUAAAUAAGACUCCUCCUGCAGCAUACAUUAAACCCAAACUUUUCAUAAUAGUCAUUAGUCAAAAGCCUAAAAUGGCGAAAAAACUGCAGAUUCUAACCUCGAUCUUUCUAACCAUCUCACUACUACUAGUCCUGAUGCAUGUCAAACCUGCUCAAGCAAAGAUUAACCAAACUGAAUUUAUCAAUGAGGUCCUAGAAGGGCAUAAUGCAGCUAGAAAAGCAGUAGGUGUUCUACCUCUGAGGUGGGAAAAUUUGCUAGCUAAAUAUGCACAGAUAUACUCAUCAAGGAAGAGACGAAAAGACUGCAAACUGAUCCAUUCUUCCGGUCCAUUCGGGGAAAAUUUGUUCUGGGGUUCAGGAAAACGAUGGACAGCGAAGGAUGCAGUGGCAGCAUGGGUAGCAGAGAAGCAAUGGUAUAACUACAGUAAUAACUCUUGUAUUAGUGGAUAUCAGUGUGGCCACUACACACAGAUUGUUUGGAAGCAAACCAAGUUGGUAGGAUGCUCCAAGAUUAUAUGUGAUACUGGGGAUAGUUUCAUUACUUGUGAAUACUAUUCUGCAGGAAAUUAUGUUGGGGAAAGGCCAUACUAGGAUCAUCACUUACAUAUAUACAUGCCUAAUGUCUUUGUGUUCAUCAAUAUGUGUUUAUUCCUAGUGAGGAGCACUUUAUUUUCGGUAAUACCUUGGACAGGGAUAUUAUUUAUAUUUGCUUUAUUAUGUCUAUUGUUCCUAUUUUCUGAAGUUUCUUUAUUGUAGCAGUAGAAAAACGAGAGGAACAAGAGCUGUACUACCUUACACCAGCAAUAAUAAAUUUUCUUAAUUUGCU